AUGGCUGCAAGAUUGUCUCUUACUGCUCGUAGAGGACUCCUACGAGCUUCUAACCUACCUUCAGCCCGUCUACUUACCCCAAUUGCUCGUUCGAACCUCCUCCGUACCACAUCUCUCGUCCUUCCAGCUACCCAUGUCACUCCGAUCUCUGUCCGCCAAUAUGCAAAGGGACGCCCUCACCCUCCAGGCGGUACCCAUCGCAUGGACAUGAGUGGAGGCGAAGAGAAAUCCGCUCUCGAACAAUAUGGUGUUGACCUUACCGAUAAGGCGAAAGCUGGCAAGCUUGACCCAGUAAUUGGUCGAGACUCGGAGAUUCAUCGCACGAUUCAGAUUCUAUCUAGACGAACCAAGAACAACCCGGUGCUCAUCGGUGCAGCUGGUACCGGCAAAACUGCCGUUCUCGAAGGCCUGGCCCAGCGAAUUGUACAAGGCGAUGUUCCGGAAAGCAUCAAGAACAAACGGGUGGUCUCACUAGACUUGGGAUCGUUGAUUGCGGGUGCUAAAUUUCGUGGUGACUUCGAAGAACGCCUCAAAGCCGUACUCAAGGAAGUAGAAGAUGCCCAUGGAGGAGUCAUUCUCUUCAUCGAUGAGCUUCACACCUUACUAGGCUUGGGUAAAGCCGAAGGCAGCAUUGAUGCUAGCAACCUGCUCAAACCUGCACUUUCACGAGGCGAUCUCCAAUGCUGCGGUGCUACUACCCUGAAUGAAUAUCGAUUGAUCGAAAAGGAUGUAGCUCUCGCUCGACGGUUCCAGCCUAUCUUGGUUGGUGAACCGUCGGUUCCCUCAACCAUCUCCAUUCUGCGUGGUAUCAAAAAUAAAUAUGAAGUGCACCACGGUGUCAGAAUUACGGACGGUGCGUUAGUUGCUGCCGCCACCUACAGCAACCGCUACAUAACCGAUCGAUUCUUGCCUGACAAAGCAAUUGACCUUGUUGAUGAAGCUGCAUCAGCACUGCGCUUGCAGCAAGAGUCAAAGCCAGACUCCAUCCGGGAGCUGGAGCGUGACAUAACCACUAUUCAAAUUGAGCUCGAGUCUCUUCGUAAGGAGACUGAUGUUAGUAGUCGCGAACGACGAGACAAGCUUAAAGAAGAACUCAAGAUCAAGCAAGACGAGGUCGGUGAAUUGACAAAGGCCUGGGAGAAGGAGAAGUCUGAAAUCGACGCCAUCAAACGUACCAAGGAAGAUCUGGAACGUGCCCGAUUCGAAUUAGAGCAAGCUCAGCGGGAAGGAAAUUUCGCAAAAGCCGGAGAGCUGAGAUACUCCACCAUCCCCGAGCUCGAAGGCAAGCUCCCCAAAGAUGGUGCUGAGCAAGACGCUGGGCCACAGACUUUAAUUCAUGACUCGGUGACUGCAGAUGACAUUGGCAACGUUGUUUCUCGAACUACAGGCAUUCCUGUCAGCAAGCUCAUGGCGGGAGAAGUCGAAAAGUUGAUUCAUAUGGAGGACACUCUUCGAAAGUCAGUUCGUGGACAAGAUGAAGCUCUUUCUGCGGUCGCGAACGCUGUUCGUAUGCAACGAGCUGGUCUCAGUGGCGAGAAUCGUCCCCUGGCAUCCUUCAUGUUCCUUGGUCCUACUGGUGUUGGAAAGACGGAACUUUGCAAGAAAAUGGCCGAGUUCCUCUUCUCCACCGAAACUGCAGUUGUGCGCUUUGACAUGAGUGAAUUCCAAGAGAAGCACACAAUCAGCCGCCUGAUUGGUUCUCCUGCCGGAUAUGUUGGGUAUGACGAUGCCGGUCAGCUUACCGAGGCCGUCAGACGCAAGCCUUACGCCGUUUUGCUAUUUGACGAAUUUGAGAAGGCGCAUCGGGAUAUCUCUGCACUAUUGCUGCAGGUUCUCGAUGAGGGAUUCCUGACUGAUGCUCAGGGCCACAAGGUCGAUUUUAGAAACACCUUAAUUGUUCUGACUUCGAACCUUGGUGCCGACAUUUUGGUUGGAGCAGACCCCAUCCACUCUCACAAGGACUUUGGAGACGCCGAGCUGUCUUCCGACAUCAAAUCAGCCGUCAUGGAUGUGGUUCAGGGAGCAUACGCACCCGAAUUCCUAAACCGUAUCGACGAAUUUAUUAUCUUCAAGCGCCUGUCCCGCGAGGCUCUACGUGAUAUCGUCGAUAUCCGUCUCAAGGAGCUGCAGGCCAGACUUGAUGACCGUCGCAUGACUCUACAAGUUGAUGAUGAGAUCAAGGACUGGCUCUGCCAGAGAGGCUAUGAUCCCAGAUUUGGUGCUCGGCCUUUGAACCGUCUAAUUUCCAAGGAAAUUGGAAAUCGAUUAGCUGAUAAGAUCAUCCGCGGUGAAAUUGUUUCUGGUCAAACUGCCCGCGUUUCUCUUGAUGACGCCAAGUCUGGACUUGUAGUCACCACCCAGGAGGAGUAA